AUGAAUCAGUCCUCCAAGAAGCAUCAAAAGCUCUGCUUCGACUUUGAAGCCACCGGUAUCGGCAUCGCAGAAAUCUCACAUCGCUCCAAGGAGUUUACUGCGUUUGUGAAAAAGACAGAGACCCUGAUCCGCACGCAGCUCAACGUCCCGUCCACGCACCACGUCCUCUUCACACAGGGCGGCGGGACGGGCCAGUUCUCUGCUGUCCCUGUUCUCGACUAUGUGCUUACCGGGUCCUGGAGUAAAAAGGCGAGCGAAGAGGCGAGGCGGCUGGGCGGAUCGCGAUGCAAGACAUUCACCCGCAUCCCGGCCCAUUCAGAGUACACCUUCUCGCCUGACCCUGCACAGUCGAUGGCGUCCAGUUCUCACAUGACGGCUUCCUCCCCCGCCUCUUUCCCAUUUGACCGCCUCCCGACGGACACCCUUCUCCCGCUCGUCGCGGACUACUCGUCUUCCUUCAUGUCUCGCCCCAUCCCCCGCCUAGCAGAUCACGCUCUCAUCUUUGCAGGCGCUCAAAAGAACAUUGGCCCAGCGGGUCUCACCAUCCUCAUCGUUCGCAACGAUUGCCUUGUUGAUGUCGACGCCGCCGCCGCACUCGGCGCUGCACCCGUCCCCGUCUCCAUGGCUUACAAGACCAUCGCAGACGCCGGCAGUCUCUACAAUACGCCUUCUCGAUCCCAGAAACUUGGCGGCGUAGAGUACUAUGGACAGGUCAACAAGCGAAAAGCAGAAAACAUCUACGACGCUCUACGCGAUGGCGAAGCAAAGGGUGUAUACCGCGCAAAGGUCGAGCAAGGUUCCGGUAGUUGGAUGAACGUCGUCUUUGACGUCCUUGGAGAUGGCGCAGAGGCCAAAUUCAUCGCUGGAGCAGAGCAACAGGGCAUGAAGGCUCUCAAAGGCCACCGUUCAGUUGGAGGUAUUCGCGUAUCCCUCUACAAUGCCAUUACAGAAGAACAGACAGACCGUAUCGUCACGUACAUGCGUCAAUUUAGUAUAUAAUGUAUCAACAC